AUGACAACUUCAAAACCCAAACCACCUGUACCCUCGCCGUCUGGAUCUGAAACAGUGCAAAAUCCUCUUCGGCCUGCCCACACUGGAUCCGAUCCCUUUCUGGAACGUAAUUCUAACGGAGGUGGCAACUUCCACGUUCGCGCCUCGCUGGAUAUCCCUCGAGAGUUUUUUGCCGGGAGUGCAGCGACAGUGGGUAGAGGUGGGGUGUCGAAGCCAACAAACAACAAUGGUUCCUCGAACGCAUACACACUUCCUCGAGGAUUCGCCCAGUCUUCAAGGCAGAGGCCGCUUUCAGUCCAUAGCACAUUUCAGUCUACGCCGACACAUUCACCUCCAAGUUUUCGAUUUGACUCCCCAAAGACCUCUCCUAACUCGCUAAAUUUAGAUGCUAGAGGACCCUCACCCGAGCGGCCAUCCGAUUCUCCAAAGGCUACACCAGCGGCAUCACCUCACUCUAGGUCAUUUAGGGUUUCUGGUUGCUCUCACUCUCGGUCAAGUUCUCCCUCACCAAAUACUGAGCACCGUCCACCGCCCCCACCUCCGGUAUCCGCACGUCCUGUACGGCAUGAACAACCACCUCCACCACCGAUUGCCCCGCCAUCUGGAAGUAUUAGUGGAGACCGGAGAGCGAGUAUGCCAAACAAUGGAGCUUUCCGCCGGCCUCCGCCUAGCCCGGUACUACAGGCACCCCAGGAUUACAGUGAACCGGAAAAGCGGACUCAGCCCGAACAUACCGCUCCUCCCGUCCCGAUGAGACCGACAAAACCCAAGAUACCAAGCAAACCGUCGAUACCAGUAAAGCCAGAUCGUGCAAGCUCAAACUCGGGCUUAGCCCCUGCGGCUUCUUCGGAGGAGCACGUUUCGCCGUUUAGUACACCGCCUUCAAGUGCUAAUAACUCCCCUAGCAGGUCAGAUAACGAAUCGGGAAAGCAGCCAAGGAUUAUGUCUAGGCAAACGACAGGAAUGCCUACCUACUCCCCCCCCCCGCCAUUACAUUAUACCACUAUGGAAAGGGCUAGGGAGCGGAAUGGGGCUGGGGUGGACACAGGGAUCCUCCCGGCAAAAGCGCCCAUACCACCUCCGCCAAGGAUUUCCAGAGAGGAAAUUAGACCAAGGAUGAAGUUUGAGGAUUCAUUUCGGGGCCAGCGGACAUCACUGGACGACGCGGGGCUGAGGCCGGACCUCCCUCCAAGGCCCCCAGGUGGAAUCAUCGGCGGAAUUAGAGCUAGAGUCCCAAGCUUAAGGGGGCGAAGCUAUUCUCCCCCUCGGGUGUCAUCGGAGCUUGGGCCUGCGCCUGAGCCACCCACCUUUCUCCCACCACCUAGGCGAGGUUUCUCUUCGGUCAAACCCCAAACCUCAGGCGGCCAGGAGGCGGUCGCCUCCUCCAGCCGCAUAUCCCCCAACACCUCAGUUGCAACCAACUCUACGACAUACAGUAACGGUGCGGAGGAUUCCUACGGUGGCUAUGGUCCCGAUGAUUCUGACGAGGCAUUGUCCGAUGAGAACCAAUCGGCGUUGAGUGAAUACCCGGAUUCAUCCCAGGCUAACCGGCGCCACCCAGUUUCCAAGAGCGGAAUCCGAGAUAUAAACUGUAGAACGUAUGUCAGGUACUUUGCUGUUUGCGGAAAGUACGUUUGCACAACAAGUAAUGCUACCAAUGUCUGGAAUAUGGACACAGGCCAGUGCAUAAUGUCAAUUAAUCAUGGGGAGAGCACAAAGGUAACGGCGAUUGCGUUCAAGCCCUCGGUAAACGUUGAAGACGAGGGGAAACAACUCUGGAUUGGCACUUCGCAUGGGGAAUUGAUGGAGGUUGAUAUUCCUUCGCAAAAGAUCACAAACACCAGGGCUAGCGCGCAUAUGAAGAAGGAAGUUGUUCAGAUUCACCGAUGUGGCUAUGAUCUGUGGACGUUAGAUGAUGGCGGAAAGCUCCAAGUUUGGACACCGGACGUCAAUGGAGUGCCAAACCUUAAGAACUCCCCAACUACAUUUAGGAUUCCGAAUAAACACACAUAUUCACUCGUCGUUGAUGGAAUGUUAUGGAUAGGUGCUGGAAAGAAUGUCCAUGUCUACCAGCCCAGUUCAGACUCCCGUGUGCAAUUCAAUGUCACAUCGAGACCCUUAACGCCCAACAAGCCAACUGCCGAGAUUACCUGCGGGGCCGUGGUCAAUAGUGAACCCGACAAGGUUUACUUUGGGCACUCUGAUGGAAAGGUAUCAGUAUACUCUCGAUCAAAGUUUACGUUUCUCGAUGUAGUCAAUGUGUCACUAUACAAGAUCAAUUCCAUGAGUGGCGUGGGGGACUACAUGUGGGCCGGUUUCAAAACUGGUAUGAUAUACGUCUACGAUGUUCGAACCAAGCCCUGGACGGUGCUCAAGGAUUGGCAGUCCUCGCACGGUCCAGUAGUCCAGGUGGUUGCCGAUCGAACGAGUAUAUGGAAAGUUGGGCGAUUAGAGGUUUUAUCUUUGGGAGUCGAUAAUGUCAUUCGGGCCUGGGACGGGAUGCUCGAGGAUGAUUGGCUCGAGAAAGAGAUGCAACAACAUGACGUCGAGUUUUGUAGUUUCCGCGAGAUCAAGGCUCUCAUUUGCACAUGGAACGCUGGAGCGAACAAGCCACAAGACUUGCUAACUCGAGAGGACGAUAAGGUGUUUUUGGAGAAUGUCUUGGGGAGUGUCGAUAGUCCGGAUAUCAUCGUGUUUGGGUUCCAGGAAUUGGUUGAUUUGGAGGACAAGAAGAUUACUGCGAAGUCUCUAUUGAAAGGCGGCAAGAGUAAGAAAAAGAAGGCGGCAGACCAGCAGGAGCACAUGUCCCAUCAGUAUCGACUAUGGCAACAACAGCUUACCAAAUCGAUUGAGACCCAUAUGCCUCGGGAUCAACCAUAUGCUCUCUUGCAUGUAGCGAAUUUGGUUGGCCUUUUUACUUGUAUCUUUGUAAAAACCUCCGAACGACAUAGCAUUCGCAAUGUAUGUGCAUCGACUGUCAAGCGUGGGCUCGGUGGUCUGCACGGAAACAAGGGCGCGCUUGUGGUCCGAUUCUUGUUGGACGAUAGCUCUCUCUGCUUCAUCAACUGCCAUCUUGCAGCGGGCCAGUCCCAUACCAUCUCCCGCAAUAACGACAUCGCAGCAAUCCUCGAGUCCACCGCUCUGCCAGCAGAGCCCUCUGCCGAAGCUCGUACGGACAUGUUCGUCGGCGGUGGCGAUGGCAGCAUGAUCCUCGACCAUGAAAUCUGCGUCCUCAACGGCGAUCUCAACUACCGCAUAGAUAUGCACCGCGAUUCGGUAAUCUCCCGAGAAAGACAAGGCGAUCUUCCCGCGCUCCUGGAACGCGACCAACUUCUCAUGGAGCGGCGUCGAAACCCGGGCUUCCGCCUCCGGGCGUUCCAAGAAUCCCAAAUUACUUUCUCGCCUACUUACAAAUACGAUGUAGGUACCGAUAUCUACGAUACUUCGGACAAGAAGCGAUCACCGGCUUGGUGCGAUCGAGUCCUGUACCGUGGCCUAGGAAGAAUCAAGCAGACGGCCUACCGGCGCUGGGAAGUCCGUGCUAGUGAUCAUAGACCUGUAAGCGCUAGCUUCCUCAUCCGUUUGAAAACCGUGGACCAGGAGCUCCGCGGGCACGUGUGGGAGCAGUGCAAACGUCGAUACGCGGAAGUCCGGGAACGGGAAGUGUGGGAGGCCAAGCUAGAUUUUCUGGUCAACGUUUGCGGAUACGGACUUGAAGAAGCACGCCGGUCAUUGGGGGGGAAGGAGGGGGUAGUAGAGGCUGUGAGAAGCCUUCAGAAGAGCGGGAGGUAGCGGUUAGAAUAAUUGGAGCUUUUCUUCCCCCUUUCCUUUUCCUCACCCAUCCAUCCAUUCUUUUUAACUUUCUCAUAUCUAUAUAUAUAUAUAUUUCAUUCAUGGGGAUGUAGAUGGGUAUGUGCUUUUUGCUGUCGUUGUGUCGUGUCGAGUUUGCGUACGAUGGCCU